AUGCUGAACUCCACCUUCCUCACCUCCCUGGCUCGCGUCUUCUCUCCGUCUUCUUCCUCGCCAACUUCUUCUUCUUCGACUGUACCUCCAUCUCAAUCCCAACCACAACCAAUCACCAGUCAGACGACCGAAACAGCUAUGCCAGGGCUGGUUAUCAACGGGACUGCCCCGUCAACCUCAACCGCAAUGGUCAAGGAUAAACCUGCCGGGAAAACCUUCGCCUACCAGGAUCGGCUCCCCAAGUUACCGAUCCCACCUCUCGAGGAUACCUGUAAGAGAUACCUACGGGCGCUCGUCGCUUUGCAAGAUCCGGAGGAGCACGAAGCCACCAAGACUGCUGUGAAGGACUUCCUGGAGAACGAAGGACCCGUCAUCCAACAGAAGCUGAUAGACUGGGCCAAAACCAAGGAUAGUUAUAUUGAAGAGUUCUGGUAUGAAUCAUACCUCUCACACAGCGACCCGGUAGUGUUGGCCCUCAACCCCUUCUUCGUCCUCGAAAAUGACCCAACGCCUGAUCGUGGUGCCCAACUUCCUCGGGCAGCGUCACUCAUCAUCUCCUCUCUCGGUUUCAUCCACGACCUGCGGGCAGGUCUCCUCGAACCUGACAUGAUUCGAUCUACACCCCUCGACAUGGAUCAGUACACAAGGCUGUUUGGAGCAGCACGAAUUCCUACUAGCCGUGGUUGCAAGAUGGAUGUUCAUCCCGAAUCGAGACACAUUGUCGUACUUCGGCGAGGCCAAUUCUACUGGUUCGAUGUCAUCGACGAGGACAAUCGACCACUCCUCACCGAACGGGAAAUUCUCCGCAACCUGCAAGCCAUCGUCUCGGAUGCAGAUAAGAUUGAUCCUUGCCAAGUUGCCCGGAACUCCAUCGGUGUUCUGACGACGGAAAACCGCAAGACAUGGUCCACUCUCCGGGAAAUGCUCAUCGCCGACCGCAACAACCAGGCAUGCUUGGAAGUAGUCGACGAUGCUCUCUUCAUCGUUUGCUUGGACGACACGGCUCCCGAAAACCUCGCUGAUCUCUGCAGCAACUUCCUCUGUGGCACUUACAGGUUGGAGGGUGGUGAGCAGGUUGGUACAUGCACGAACCGUUGGUACGAUAAGCUCCAAAUCAUCGUCUGUGCGGAUGGAGCGGCUGGUAUCAACUUCGAGCACACAGGCGUGGACGGUCACACUGUGCUUCGAUUCGCAGCUGACGUCUUCACCGAGGGUCUCAUGCUGCUCGCACGAUCCAUCAACCCUUCUGCGCCUACGAUGUUCCAUGCCAAACUCUCACCAUACGCCAAGUCGUACAAACCCCCACGCGGUGACUCUCCCGUGAGCCCUAGGGAGUCCAUCGAUACCACCCCGAAGAAGCUUGAGUGGAAGCUCUCACGGGAGCUCCGUGCUGGAGUUCGAUUUGCUGAGACUAGGCUCAGCGAUUUGAUCUGCCAGAACGACUGCCAGGCUUUGGAAUUCAAGGGCUAUGGCAAGAAUUUUAUCACGAGCCAUGGCUUCAGUCCCGAUGCUUUUGUCCAGAUGGCGUUCCAAGCUGCCUACUUUGGCUUAUAUGGUCGGAUCGAAUGUGUUUAUGAGCCUGCCAUGACCAAGGCCUUCUUGCAUGGUCGCACUGAAGCCAUUCGUUCUGUGCAGCCCGAGAGCGUAGCGUUCACUAAGACCUUCUAUUCCGACGCUACCCCUCAUGAGAAGGUCAACGCCCUCCGAAAGGCUUGUGAGAGACACUCCAAGCUGACCAAGGAGUGCGCUCAGGGUCUCGGUCAGGAUCGCCACCUCUACGCCUUGUACUGCCUCCUACAACGGGAAUUGCAAGGUAACAUCAAUCCAUCUCCCGACGAUCCUGCACCAAAACCUGCUGCAGCCAGCAAGAUGCCCGCUAUCUUCACCGACCCCGGCUGGCCCCAGCUCUGCACCUCAAUCCUCUCGACGUCCAACUGCGGCAACCCAGCCCUAAGGCUGUUUGGCUUUGGCCCCGUUGCUGCUGAAGGCUAUGGUCUUGGGUACAUCAUCAAGGAGGAUGGUAUCUCGAUCUGCGCAUCCUCGAAGCACCUACAGACCCGGCGAUACCUGGAUACCCUCAAGAACUAUCUCCUUGAGAUCCAGCGGAUGUUGGUCCAACUCCACCGCGCUGCCAAUGCACGCCCAGCUCCCUUCGUCGACCACUUGGGUGUUCUGCGUGAUGGCAAGACUGGUCGACCCAUCAAUGGUGCUACCUCGGAUUCGUCUGAUGAAGAGGAGAUCGUCCCCAUGCCCGGUUAUUCAUUCUUCGAUAGUGGAAGCGUCGAACUUCUUGGAAGGAAGAAGAAAUCUCCAUUCUGUGAUAUCGGCAAGGUCAUCCCUUUGGCCGAGUAUUAA